UUCACUCACUCAUCAUCACUCCUACUCACAAAUAUAUUUGUGACCGUUGUUGUUUUCUCCUCCUCCUUCUUCAACGCUCCACAGCUUCUUCUGAUUGACCAAUCACACCUGAAAGUUUCUUCUCCCAACACAUUGUGUGAGUUCUUGAGCUUUGUGGAAUUGAAAGCAUAUAACAUAAAGACUAUUUAAAAGAGACAAAUGGGAUGUUCUCAUUCCAAGUUUAAUGACGAUGAAGCUGUUCAGAUCUGCAAAGAUAGGAAACGUUUCAUCAAGCAAGCAGUUGAACAUAGGACCGGGUUUGCUUCUGGCCACAUUGCUUAUAUCCAGUCUCUGAGAAAUGUCUCAGAUGCUCUUCGUGAAUACAUCGAAGGAGACGAGCCACACGAGUUCUUGUUGGACACAUUUGUCACUCCAGUAAAGAGCAGCUCAGGCGGUUUCAUCGAGGUAUCUCCUCCUUCAAAAAUGAUUCAGAACGAGGCUGAGUCGAAUUUGAAUGUCAAUUACUUGAUGGCUAGUGGAAGCAGACCGGUUCGUGUUGAAGAAAAGCCUCUUUUGUCACCUGAGACUUUUCAAGUUGAGAGUUAUGGAGCAGAUAGUUUCUUUGGGAUGAACUCACCUCAGCAUAGUCCUGGAUUAGGUGGUAGUCACAAUAUACCUCCUCCUUCGCCACAGAACUCUCAGUGGGAUUUCUUUUGGAAUCCAUUCUCUUCAUUGGAUCAUUACGGAUACAGUUGUGAUAACCAAAGUGGUAUGGAUGAUGAGAUGAGACGGCUAAAGCGGGUUCGUGAGGAAGAAGGGAUUCCAGAUCUUGAAGAAGAUGAGUAUGUAAGGUUUGAGCAUCAUCAUAACAUGAAAGCAGCAGAAGACUGUAAUGGGGAUAAAAUGGGUCAAGAAGAUGAUGAAGUAAAAAAUGUUAAUGAGGAGUGCGAGACCGAGAACGUGAGGGACAAGAACUGCAUUAAAACUCAAGAACGGGGAAGCAUUGAAGUGACUACAGGGCAUGUUGUUGGAGUUACCACAGAUGAUGCAAAAGGAGAGACACCUGGCUUUACUGUGUACAUGAAUCGAAGGCCAACGAGCAUGGCAGAAGUUAUUAAAGAUCUUGAAGAUCAGUUUGCGGUUAUAUGUACUGCUGGUAAAGAAGUCUCGGGAUUGUUGGAAGCUAGUCGAGCUCAAUACACAUCUUCCAAUGAACUCAGCGCCAUGAAAAUGCUGAAUCCAGUAGCUUUGUUUCGCUCGGGAGGCUCAUCAAGAUCGUCUUCCUCAUCAAGAUUCUUGAUCAGCUCUUCUGGAGGUUCCAGGGCAAGUGAAUUUGAAACCAGCAGUGAGUUUUCGGAAGAAUCUUGUAUGCUUUCAGGUAGCCAUCAAUCAACAUUGGACCGUCUAUACGCUUGGGAAAAUAAACUCUAUGAUGAAGUUAAGUCUGGAGAACGGAUAAGGAUUGCAUAUGAGAAGAAGUGUUUAGCGCUGAGGAAUCAGGAUGUGAAAGGAGCCGACUCUUCCUCGGUUGAUAAAACAAGAAAUAUAAUCAGAGAUCUACACACUCAGAUCAAGGUCUCUAUACACUCAAUCGAGUCAAUCUCUCAAAGGAUUGAGACUCUUCGUGACCAAGAACUGCUUCCGCAACUUCUUGAGCUUCUUCAAGGAUUAGCUCAAAUGUGGAAAGUGAUGGCAGAGUGUCACCAGAUACAGAAGCGGACACUGGACGAAGCCAAGCCAUUACUUGCAACCACACCUUCUAACCGUCACAAGAAGCAACAACAGACUUCACUACGGGAGAUCAACUCUCAAAGAUUAGCUCGGUCAGCGUUGCAUCUCGUGGCUCAGCUUAGAAACUGGAGAGCCUGCUUCCAAGCAUGGAUCACAUCUCAAAGAUCCUACGUGCUGUCUUUAACCGGCUGGUUACUCAGAUGUUUCAGAUGUGAUCCUGACCCAGACAAAGUCAGACUAGUGUCUUGUCCUCACCCUAUCUAUGAAGUCUGUAUCCAAUGGUCAAGGUUGCUCAACGGGUUGAACGAGAAGCCGGUGAUAGACAAACUCGAUUUCUUUGCCUCUGGGAUGGGUGCAAUCUAUGCUCGGCAGCUUAAGGAAGACCCAUCUACUGUAACAGAUGGUUCGAGGAAGUACUCAGGACAAGAGAGCAUGGAGCUUGUUGAAGCUGAAAAAGUGGAAGAAGAGAAGAUGAUGACUGCUGAGAAACUAGCUGAGAUUGCAGUUAAAGUACUCUGCCAUGGAAUGUCAGUUGCAGUGAGCUCACUCGCUGAGUUUUCCAUUAGCUCAGCUGAUGAACACUCGAAGCUCGUUAACCAUCCAGAUGACACCAUGCCAGAGCAAACUGAGAUGUAAUAAAACUUUUGGUGUUCUCAACUUCUCAUUUUAUUUAUUUAUUUCUCCAUUGAGUUAAAGAAGUUUAGGAUGUUAGGUUAGUUUUAAUUAGAUGGAUGGCAAUGUGUGUAUUAUUAAGACACAUAAGAGCUAGUUUCAGUAAGACUUCCAGUUUGGGAUCUGGUUACUAGGA